AUGUCGCGUCUCGAGAUCUUACGAAUGUACGCUGCCAACUGGAGGUACCUUCCGCCACUUCUCCAAGGAAAGACUGGUUUCAAAGCCAAAAGGUUUGACUGGGAUCACCGCGGCCCGCAGCACCCCGUCAAGCAGAUGGCUCAGCUAGCCCGGGUGCCCAUGCUGCAGAUACCGCUCGGCUGCAGUCCAGAGGGCGUGCCGCAUUUGCUCGCCGGCCUGGACGCUUGCGACUGGCUCACGCACCUGAAGCUGAGCAUCGCGGCCGAGGGCCUGUGCGGACUGAUGAGCAACGGCGCGUGGCGCUGCUGGUUGCCGGACCUAUGCAAGGCAGCGCUGCACCUGCCGAACCUCGUGGCGCUCGAGGUUGCGCCCGACCGCGAUGGCGGCGGGUGGUCCAACUGCCACGGCAAGAAGGAACUGGCCAGGGCCGCGGAGGAGCUGAUGGCCGCGUGCCCAGGGCUCGAGUACGUCGAGCUGGAGCGGGUGGCGUACGGUGCGGACUGUCAGGAGGGCGUCGGGCGUGAGACGGAGAGGACUUGGAAGAAGCUGACGGAAACUGACAAGGAACUCAGACGGCCACCGUUUUUCGUUCAGGAUUAG